AUGCACUCCGCUCCCAAACUCAAAGACCCCUCCCUCCUUAUUUCCCAAGCCUAUGUCAAUGGCAAAUUCGUCAACGCCGCCUCCUCUGAGACGUUUGACGUCUAUGAUCCUGGCACAGGCAAGAAGAUAGGUUCAUGUGCCGAGCUUAACGCAGAGGACACAAACAAGGCCAUUGCCGCGGCGGUGGAUGCAUUCGUCUCCUUCCGAAAGACUCUCCCGCGGGAGAGAGCCACAAUGCUGCGAAAGUGGUAUGACCUGAUGAUGGAGAAUGCCGAUGACCUGGCUACCCUGAUAACCUGGGAGAACGGCAAGCCCUUCAACGACGCCAAGGGCGAAAUCGUCUAUGCGGCCAACUUCUUCCAAUGGUUCAGCGAAGAGGCGCCCCGAAUAUACGGGGAUACUAUCGGAGCUUCCAUUCCGGGCAAUAGAAUCAUGACUUGGAAACAACCCGUCGGGGUCUGCGGUCUAAUCACCCCCUGGAACUUCCCAGCGGCCAUGAUUACACGAAAAAUCGGCCCUGCCCUCGCUGCAGGAUGUACCGUAGUCGCCAAAACCCCUGGGGAGACACCUUACACAGCCAACGCCAUCGCAGAGCUCUCCCGCCGAGCAGGUAUCCCUCCGGGCGUGGUGAAUAUCGUCACCGCCAUGAAAAACACGGCGGAAAUUGGAUUGGCUCUCACCACCGACCCACGGGUUAAAAAGGUCUCGUUCACGGGAUCGACAAACGUGGGCAAACUCCUCAUGAAACAGUCGUCGUCGACGCUGAAAAAGCUGUCGUUCGAACUCGGUGGCAAUGCUCCCUUUAUCGUCUUCGACGACGCACCCGACCUAGACGCAGCAGUGGCAGGGGCAAUAGCGUGUAAGUUCCGGUCCUCGGGACAGACAUGCGUGUGUGCGAACCGAAUCUACGUGCAAGAAGGAAUCUACGACGCCUUCGCCCAGAAGUUUACCGAAAAAGUCAAAAACUUUAAAGUCGGUUAUGGUUUUGACGAUGGCGUGACCCACGGCCCCGUCAUCCACGACCGCGCAAUCGCCAAAGUAGAAUCACACGUGCAGGACGCGACGAAGAAGGGCGGUAAAAUCCUCUGCGGAGGUAACAAAUUGCCCGACCUGGGAUCCAAUUUUUACGCCCCGACAGUUAUCGCCGGCGCGACGAAUGACAUGAAACUCGCGCACGAAGAGACAUUCGGCCCCGUGGCCGGGUUGUUUCCAUUCAAGACGGAAAAGGAAGUCGUCGCGCUUGCUAAUGGUACCGAGGUGGGGUUGGCGGGAUACUUCUUCUCCCGGGAUGUUGGACGCAUUUACCGCGUGGCAGAGGCGCUGGAGGUUGGCAUGAUUGGUGUCAACACCGGAUUGAUCUCCGACGGCGCCGCUCCUUUCGGAGGUGUAAAAGAGAGCGGAUUUGGAAGGGAAGGAAGCAAAUAUGGUGUUGACGAGUAUGUCGUCAUCAAGAGUGUGACAGUGGGAGGAAUCAGCAACGAGUUGCAAGGCUGA